AGCACUAACUUCUUUAUACUAUCUAAUUGUAUAGAUCCAAAAUAUUCACCUUACUAUGCUGCUAUAUUUUAACUAACAAUACACUUCAGAUAUGUUUUAUCACUAGUUAGUUCUGAAUUAAGAGCAUGGCUGCUCUAAUCACUAAGCUAUUCUUCCUUUUCUUCUUUUUCCUUGUCUUUGUGCCUAUUCUUGCUCAUAACAACAGACUAAUUAGCUGCGAAAACGAUUCGUUUGAAUCAUUAAACUAUGGAUGCAACCGUAUCGCGUCCGAAAAUCAGUGUACUACAUAUGCAGUACUUCAUACAAAUCCUUACUAUUCUUCCCUUUAUAAUCUUACAUACUACUUGGGAUUAAACCGUUUCACAGUUGCAGAAGUGAACGGGUUUUCUCCUGAUACUGAAUUCCUUUCAAGAAAUCAGCCUCUUUUGAUUCCUGUCGACUGCAGGUGUGCUGAAAAAGGCAGAGUUUUCCAAGCUGAACUGAUAAAAACUACUGCUGUUGGUGAGAGUUUUAGUGGGAUUGCUGACUCUCUUGAAGGGUUAACUACUUGUAAAGCUAUUCGAGAGAAGAAUGCUGGUGUUUCGCCAUGGGAUCUUUUGGAGAGAAUCAAGAUAUCAGUUCCUGUAAGAUGUGCUUGUCCUACAAGUUCUGAGAUCAGUUCAGGUAUCAGACUGUUGGUUUCUUAUGCUGUCACUGCAGGAGAUUCUGUAUCCUCCUUAGCCUUACAGUUUAAUACGACUGUUCAAUCAAUAAUCAGUGCGAAUAAGAGAGUUAUUGGUGGAGGUGGUGAUUUAGUUAUCAGAGAUCAUUCACUGUCAGUUUUGAUUCCUCUGAAGCAAAAGCCUCUUAUAGGAUCUCUCGCGAAACCAAGAGAACCUGGCUUGGGAUUUCCAUCAGAGAGGAGUGUCAAAGCCAUUGCUCGAAAGAAGAAGAAGAAAAAGAAAAUGUUGAAACUUGGAGUUUCUAUUGGUGUUGUUGGCUUUGUAGUAUUAGCUGCCAUUGUUGGUUUUUCUGCAUUAUUCUUUAUGCAGAGGAAAGAAAAACAGCAGCAAAACUGUCUGUCAUCUAAAAUGGUGGAUACAGAGUUACAACAGCUGAGUUUAAGUAUAAGAACAACAAGCGAAAAGAAAGUUUCUUUUGAAGGAUCUCAGAGCACUCUGGAUGGCCAUGGCGAAGCCACAACACCGCGAAGUAUAAACAAGAUGAUGUUGGAGAGUUAUACUGUUGAAGAACUGCAGAAGGCAACUGAGAAUUUCGACUGUCAUAACCUCGUAGAAGGGAAGAUUUACCAUGGCCGUAUCAAAGGUAAAGAUUUAGCAAUUAAGUGUACAACAUUGGAACUUAUCUCCAAAGUUGAUUUAACCCUUUUCCAAGAUGCAAUUCAUAAUCAUCCUAACAUAAUGAGAGUGUUAGGAACAUGUAUAAUGGAUGAGAAUGAUUCAUAUUUGGUUUUCGAGUAUGCCAAAAAUGGAUCAUUAAAGGAUUGGAUUCACUGCGGUUUAGCCAUGAAGAGUCAUUUCAUAGCCUCAUGUUCUUGCUUCCUAACAUGGAAGCAGAGGCUUAGGAUUUGCUUAGAUGUUGCCUUGGCAUUGCAAUAUAUGCACCAUAUAAUGCACCCGGUUUAUGUUCAUCGAAAUAUAAAGAGCAAAAACAUUUUCCUAGACGAAGAAUUCAACGCAAAAGUUGGGAAUUUCGGCAUGGCUAAAUGUGUUGAAGACAGAACAAAAGAAGAAGAAACAGAUGAAAUACAGUUCAGCUCAAGAAACCCUUCGUCGUGGGACAAAGGGUACUUAGCUCCAGAGUACAUUAAACAAGGAACAAUAUCUCCAAGCAUUGAUGUUUAUGCUUAUGGGGUGAUUUUAUUGGAAAUGUUAUCAGGGGAAACCCCGGUAAUUAGCCCUAAUCACGAGGGAGAAACUGUUAUGAUUUCUGAAAAAAUUAAGUCCAUACUUGAGUCAGAGAAUGUGGAUAUGUUAAGAGGUUGGAUGGACAAAGACUUAGGUGAGAAUUACUCGUUUGAUGGAGCCAUUGCUUUGGCAACACUAGCAAGGGCAUGCAUCGACGAGGACGUUUCGUUGAGGCCGAGUGCCGGAGAACUAGUUGAGAAGUUGUCAAGGCUAAUUGAAGAGUCACCUGAACAAGGAGAACAAACUUGUUUGAUCAAUGAAAGCUCCUCUAAACCUUUGGUUCAAGCAGCUGUUAACAAUAGUAGUAAUACCUAGUGAUGUCUCAAAUAAGAUAGUUUAUGUUACACUAUAUGUAUAUCAUAUGUUAUUACUAUGUUUUAGCAUAUAAAUGUAGCUGCAUAAAUAGGUAAUUUAGGCUUUGGCCAUGGUCCAUGUACAAAGUAAUUAAAGCAGGUUUCCGACUCGAUAGUGCAAUUCAUCUUGCUGUAUCUAAAAAAAUAACUUCAGUCUGGUAUUGCUGUAAUUUAUGUUGUGUUUAAGAUGUUAUAAUAAUAGUAGUA